AUGGCUCCCGGGAGCGUCGCUUCCAGCGACACCUCUUCCUCUGCCUCCUCGGCCUCCUCAGCCUCCGCAGAGGGGUCGUCCAGGCCAUCAGGGUCUGAAAAGCCAGGCCUGGCCCGGGGCGCCAUCCGGGCGCCGCGCCGCCACCCUCCGGUGCUUCGCAUGGUGCUGGAGGCGCUGCAGGCUGGGGAGCGGCGCCGGGGCACCUCGGUGGCGGCCAUCAAGGUCUACAUCCUGCAGAAGUACCCGACGGUGGAUGCCCUCCGGCUCAACCACCUGCUGAAGCAGGCCCUGGCCACAGGCCUGCACCGUGGGCUGCUCAUCAGGCCCGUCAACUCCAAAGCCAAGGGGGCCACCGGCAGCUUCAAAUUAGUCCCCAAAGACAAAAGGAAAAUCCCACCCAGGAAGACAGCCCUCAGGAUGCCCGGUCAGGCUGAGGGGAAAGACCCCAAGAAGCCGAGUGAGUCAAAGAAGGACCCUGCCCACCCAGGCGAGGUGAAAAAAGGAGCCAGGAAGCCCAGAGAGGGGAGGGCAGCUCCCUCCAAAGCAGGCGCAGCCAAGAAUGCCCCCAAGAAAGGCACGCAGACCAAGGACCCAGAGGCAAGGCUGGGUGAGGCCAAGAAGUCCUCCCAACGGCCAGACAAGGCUGCUCAGGCCCCUCCCAGUGCCAGUGGGCCUGGCGGGAAGUUGAAGGUCAAAGAAAGAGGGAGCCGCCAAGCAGAUACCAAGGCCCACAGGAAAACACAGCCUGCAAGUCAGAGUUCAAAACCCACAGUCACCAAGGGUGAGAAUGGUACUUCCCUGGCCAAAAAGAAGAUGGGGGGCAAGGUCCCUAAAGAGGCUGCUGGGGAGGGGCCCAAAGCCAAGGCCCCUGUUCCUCCCAAGGGUGCUGGGUCCAAGAAGGAGCCUGUACCACUGGCUGGGAAGGCUGAGGCCUCUAAGGGCCCGAGAAAGCCUGACAUCCCCACCAAGUCUUCAGUGUCCAAAGCGGCGAGCAAGAAGGCAGAAGCCGAGGGCUAG